UGUGCCCUUGAAUGGAAAGAAAAACUGCUAUCUGCUGCCAAUUUCCAAUAUUAAAUAACCGAUUGUUAAGGUAAGGCGAGGCCCAUUAGAUAAACAUUAUAUCAUUUUGCACUCACUCAUUCAGACCAUUACACCAACUUGAUAAACAUAAGAAGGGAACGGUCACAGUUUAUUACGUGUUGAAUUGAAUACACUAAUACAUAAAAUGCACCAAACCAAUAGCAUCUAAUCCUAUAGCUGCUUUUAAAUAAAGUUUGUUUUUCUCCAGGAUGCGUACAAUUUCCUUGAAUUGAAUUAUCAUCGUUAUCAGUGUUUUUGUUUACUUUCCUAUUUUUAGUGUCUACCUUGGUUGGCUUUCAUUUCUUUAACGUUGAAAAUCAAAAGCUAGCGUCAUUAGGUUUUAUUCGUUGCUAAGGCUCAACCAGCUUUCUUUUAGUGCAUACAUUUUCUUCUUUAUUCCGUUGAAUUUACAUCGGCAUACAUAUUUUUAUGAUUUAAAUAUUUUCUAAGUUCUCCUCUUUUUGAUGAAUAAAUCAGAUCAAGGCGGAAGACUCUGGGAAAACAUUUGCUUGGCAUGCAAGCUGAAAUCAUGCCACCUGAUUGUAGUUAUUGGCGGUGUGGCAUUAGCAAACGGUCUCAUCAUUUUCUGCUCUCAUUUGUACAUCCAUCUUCAAUUAAAUAGGCUCAAAAUCCCCUUGGAACUGUUAGUACUUUUGAAAGAAAUUUUACUUUUUUAAAUAUACUAUAUAAAACCUUAUACUAGCAGCAUAAUAUUAUAUUUCAUAUUUUCAUAAUAUUGUCGGAUUACUUUGCAAAAUUUUGUAGUAGAACAUUAGAUGGCAAUUUUGCACUUCAUACAAUAAAUCAACAAUGAAUAGAGUUAUAAAAAAACUUCUUAUUCGCCCAGAGACAGUUCAUGUUAUGUUGAUCAUAUUAUUCGUGAUUGCUUGCGACUUCCAAGAGUCAUAUUGGCUAAUAAUGGGGAGAAUCUCCAAAAAUUUAUGAUCUGGUAAGUCCUGGCAAGUCAAGAUAGUUUAGUUCGCGUGGUAAACAUAACUUUAGUAUGAAAUUAUUAUAGAUGUUAAAGUAAUUUUGUCUAAUCAGAAGAACGCAUAUCCUAUUAUUAUUCUAAAAAACCCUAAAUUGAUAUUCAUGUUAUACCAGUGGAAUACAAUCCAAGUUGUUUAGGAAAUCAAAUGAACCGGUACACGUGCUUGCAAUAAGAGAAAUACGCUACGAAUUCUCUUCAUUGCAAUUAUAUCCUUGCGGUUCCAUCACAGUUCAACCGAGAGUAUUUUAGAGCUAAAGGUUCCUGUUACGAAAAGGACACGAUGAGCCUCAUCGGAAGCAGCCGAUGCUCUCGUGAGUUUACGUUAAAAGCUCUCGGGAAGAUGUGGCCAACGGUAGUAUAUAAAGCAACAAGUGCCGACACUAAGGAGGACAGUCUUUUCGCGACUAGAAUCGUGCCUGGAGUUGACAGUUGAAUGUCCGGAACAUGACCGUUGUGAGUGUAUAGUGUAUAGCGUGUGUGGGUGUAUUUCCGUAUUUUUGUUAUAAGCAAUAUCAGUAAGCGAAAGAAGAACCAUGAUCGUUUAAUGGAUGAGUGGAUAUAAGUUUGAAAUUUCUAAUAACUAUUAAAUGAAGCAAAAGCACAUAUACGAUAAGACUAGUACAAACAAUGCAAAAGCACUGCACCUCUCUAUUCCUACCGCAUCCAUACAGUACAUAUCCAUCCUUUUCUAAGGGAUAUUGUUGACGGAGGAAAUAAAAGAAAACGUUAUAAAAUAGUACGAAAAUGCAUCACUGACCCCGACCGAUGACCGUUGCCUCAGCGUGCGGUCUCUAAGGAUUAGCUCACCAAUUGAUGUCAAUUAAAUCGAACUCCGAACAUCGAAGUUUUCCCUGCCUUACGCGUUCCGGUGUGUAUAUCAACCGUGUGUUGUGAUGUGUAGAGUUAUAAAAGAGUGUAAAUGGGUAAAAGGUGAAACGGUAUGAUUUUACUGUUCUGGGGCACAGCUGGAAGUACAGUUAAGAGGUGUGUUCCGAUGGAGCAAAGGGGACCGUUGUUUUCCGUUUUAUAACGUUUUGCUGAAUUAUUUUUACUUUUCAUUCUUACAUUCUCCUAUUUCUUUUUGACUCUUCCGGUGUUCUGGUUUGUGGGAUUCCUAAUGCCAUUUUUUACAAGGAGAUUAAUUAGUUCCUCCACCAGUUUUGAAAGAGAGCUAUUUUUAGAAAGAAGAAUUGGAAUCAGCUCUUAUUACGUACAAGAAUGUGUAAAUAAUUAAUUUUACGAAAUAAUGGAACGACCCAAAAUUACUGGGGUAUAAAUCAAUAGUUUUGAUUUCACUUUAAACAUCAAUUUCAAAUUUAUUGUGGUCAUUCUUCUUGCCGUAAUGACCUGCUGGCCUACAUAGACAGAUGCGAUUCUAAGUGCUGAAGUAAUUAGUUUUUCUUCCGAUCCUGAAGUAAAUAUCGUGCUACCCCCUUCGACUGAAGGCGCGUUUCACUCUCGAUCGGCCUUUUAACACUGAUAAUAGACUGAUAGCUUAUCAAAUGGAAAUGGAAAAUCAAAUGGAAAAAGGCGAAGUAGGUGGUAUUCGUACGACUUGGCAAACGUUAACGUUAUUAACGUUAACUUGGGUAACGUUAACCAUAUUAACGGUGACUUUUCGUUUUCCGGUUAAUAGGAAUCGGUUAUGUGUCAACAAAUAAGAAUUUUUACUUAAUCCCUACAGGAAGACAUUCGAACUAGUAAUCUUAAAUAGUUACUAAUGCCGAAUAAUAACCCAGUUUUCUGAACGAUAUGUAAACCUGUUUACUUAUGUAUGUUGUUUUAGUGGCAUACUCAUCGGUAACUAAAAAUUAAACGGUGUACAUUCUAAUAAUGUGACAAACGGCGCCGGUCCAAUGGACUGGGGAUCAAAUCCCAUCCGGACCGUCUCUCCGUAGCAUGGACUGACUAUCCUGCUACGUGGUAAAAUAAGUCUUGAUGGGGCCAUGUCGUUCAAGCCGAGUAAAACAUAUUAACAUUUAGUAAAAUAUCACAAUCACAACACUAUUUUGUUUUACUAACACAAGGUUCAGUGCUGCAAUAUUGAAGUGUCGUUAUGAAAUAAACCAUGUCCACUUUCUGUUUAUGAGUGCAGAUUGAGGUACAGGAAGAAAAUUAUUUAUACUCUUAGCUACAAAUGACGGUACAAGCUUGGUUCAUGUUCCCAAACGGGUUCACUGUCGCACGGUCUAUUGUUCACAACAGUAGGUCUGCAGCAAUUCUUGUGUAACGUGGCUUCCAUGUGAGAAAGACAUAACCAUUACUAAUAAUCAUAUUUUUACAGCACUAGUUUUACUUUACGACCCACGUGAGAUGAAGGUUUUUAGGAUUGUUGGUAUUACUUCGUUGCGUUGUUUAUCCACAUUAGCUUGCUUCGUUUGUGAUGUGAUGAUCUUGACGGAAUUUUCCUAUCGGAAAACCUAUCUUCUACUGCUGGUAAAAUAAAUGACGUUUGACAUAUUAGGUAUAGUUUAUUUAAUUUAUUUCAAGAUAUAUCUCUUCACAUUUAAACUUCAUUUUUCUAAUGCUUUGUAUAUUUUAAUUGUUCUAUUUAACUUGUUUACAAUUUAACAUUCCAUAAACAUUCGUCUUGAUGUAACGCUGUACGUAAACUAGAACAAAUUUAUUUCAGUUAAUCGCUUCCUAUGAUAUGCCUUCCUGUGUGAGCUUAAAAUAUAAAUGAAAUUCUAUGUUUUGAUGCUCUAUGCAUAUUCGUCCUUCUUCGAUUGUAAUGCAUUAAGACCAAAACUUCCAACAUUUCUAUCCCAAAAUUUACUGCUUAGUUAGUUCAAAGCUUCAUAUGGUAAACUACAACUACUACUACUAUACGAACUAGCGAAUGAGUACACGUUGGAACGUGAAGCUUGAGAUAUUCAUUUUUUUCAUUUUUAAUCAACAUAAGCGAAUUCGUUCGGUCCCAAACAUUAACGAGCAGUUGCCGUGCUAUUAAAUACAGAUUUGCAUAAAUGGACUAACCAAACAUCAUUAUGCUACCAUUAGUCAAAGGACAAAACUUUGAUGAAAUUGUACAAUAGUUCGAUAAACAAUGAACAUCAUAAAAAAACUGACUUAGUUGCAAUUUACUUUUUUAAUCAACUAGCAUCUUUCUACAUAGUUUAUUUACAGUGCAAAUCACUUUUGAUCAUCAAGUAAUGUUUUUUCCAGAAAUUUAUUCUAAUAAUGAGACCAUAAUUUCCAAGCACGUACAAAUUAAUUACACGAAACAGAAACCUCUUCAAGCGGCUAUAAUCGAACCGGCUCGGGGCUGUUAGUAGAAUUGUCUGUAAGAUCUUCAAGAGGGCAAUAUAAAAACAGUGCAUUAUCUGUAAUACGCAUCCAAUGUACGAUGGCAGAUGGGUUUCAACUGUUGCUGGUACUGCUGAUAGUUUCGGGACCACUCGACUCGCACGCGUUGCCAUCCGCCAUCGCUCGGAUGUCUUGUGACUGUCCUCGCAGUGUUGACAGUUUCCUGCAGACCAACGUCUCCUUCCAACGUCCGAUCGUGACGAUGGCGCGCAAUGGAACUGGAGACGAAUUGUACGUGGGCUUUCUGGCUGGCUACGUACAUUCCAAGGUCGUUUUGGGGGCACUGCUGCUAGCCAUAGAAACGAUAAACAACGAUUCCACGCUACUGCCCGGCAAAAAGCUACGACUAAGAGCGGUUGACAUAGGAGCACAAAAGUCUCUUAAAGCUUUCCCCAUUCAGAAAAUGACCGAAAUGCGGGACAGCGGCAUCGUUGUUUUUAUUGGACCUGAUGAAACCUGCACCUCGGAAGCACUGGUAGCUUCGGCCUGGAACAUACCGAUGAUUUCGUAUAAAUGUGCCGACAUAGCCGUAUCGGAUAAGACUGUAUAUAGUAGUUUUGCCCGCACGCUGCCACCAGCAACAAAAGUGUCGAAAAGUAUUGCUGCCCUUUUGCUGGCCAACAAUUGGCAUUGCUUUAGCAUCGUGGCAAGUAAACAUCCGGCCUGGAGCAUGGAGAUUGCACACGCGAUUGAGCUUCAAGCGGAGUUAAAUAAUCUCACGGUAAACCACAUCCGCUUUUAUUCAGAUUAUAUUCCAUCCAAAAUUUUUGAACUACAAGAGAUAGUAGACAACACUUACCGAAACACUCGAGUGUACGUCUUCGUGGGCGAUCACAUUGAAAUGGUGGACUUUGUACGAUGUCUACAGAAUCGAAAGCUCCUCAGCACGGGCGAUUACAUCGUAAUAUCGAUCGAUGACGAGAUCUACGAUCCGAACAUGAAGCGCAACAUAUACCAAGAGUAUUCCGAUUUCUACCAAAAGUAUUUUGGAAACUUGAAGGAUAAGCAUCAUAACCGCAAACGGUACAAUUACAAAGACCAGCAGCGUUUACAGGAGGCUUUCCAGUCGGUGCUACGAAUAUCACCACUCUUUCCAAUGAACCCGAAAUAUCGCAAACUUUGUCACCAGUUUAAACUAUACUCUCGUAAGGAUCCGUUCCGUGUGCCACUACCAUACAAUCGCAACAUAUUCGACGCAAUACAGGUUCCUAUCUAUGGUGCUUAUUUGUACGACGCCCUCAUCAUCUACGCUCGUGCCGCAUCCGAAGUGAUUCAUGACGGUGGCGACAUCUCCGAUGGAAGAUUAAUUAUGUGCCAUAUAUUCAACCGGUCGUACCACUCGAUACAAGGAUUUGACGUGUACAUCGAUGCAAACGGGGACGCAGAGGGCAACUUUUCGGUUAUCGCAUUACAGAAGGAUGACAAGGUAAACAACUCGUUACAGAUGUCGAUGCAACCGGUGGCACUAUUUGUAUACGGGGCGCGAAACGCCACAACCGGCACGACCCUGCCCGAGUUCCGCUACCUCAACCCAAACCGGCCAAUUAUGUGGCUAAAGGGGCGACCGCCAUUGGCGGAACCAAUAUGUGGUUUCUACAAUGAAAAGUGUGAACCGAAGGCGAAAGAUUGGCGAUACAUUACUGGUGCGCUGGUAGUUAUUCUGUUCAUGGCCAUUUUUACCAUUAUUCUGUUCAAACAUUAUCGUUACGAACAGACGUUGGCUUGUUUGCUGUGGAAAGUGGACAUGAAGGAUGUGAUUCUGAUAACCUCUCCUGACGCACUAUACAGCAAUGAACUGCGGAAAAAUCUUGUAUGCCAACAAAGCAUAAUGGUCAACAAUCCUGGAGACACCAACAAACGAGCUUAUACGACUAUUGGGCUGUACCGUGGCAAUAUCAUUGCAAUCAAAUAUUUGCACAAACGAACGAUCGAUAUCACCCGUAACAUACGCAAGGAACUAAAGCAAAUGCGAGAAAUACGGCACGAAAAUCUGAUCACGUUUGUCGGUGCAUCGAUUGAUCACGGUAUGGUUAGCAUCUUGACAUCGUAUUGCGCCCGAGGCAGCCUUGUCGAUGUGCUUUCAAACGAGGAUCUGAAGCUAGAUCACAUGUUCGUGUCGUCGUUGGUGAGUGACAUUGUCAAGGGACUAAUCUACCUGCACGAUAGUGAUGUCGGAUCGCACGGUAACUUACGGUCCAGCAAGAUUUUGAUUGAUUCACGCUGGGUUGCUCAGAUAGCAGACUUUGGGUUGCAUGAGUUUAAAUCUUGUCAGGAGGAGCCAAGCAAGUAUGACAUAGUGUAUUUUGAUGUCUUGAAGGGAAUUGUUGUUAUGCUGCCGUACACUUUCAGAUUCGAAAAAGAAUUACGCAGGAGUCUUUGGAAAGCUCCAGAAAUUCUGCGCGAUCCAAACUGUCUGCCGCGAGGUACACAGAAAGGCGACGUGUAUUCGUUUGGUAUUGUACUUUACGAAAUAAUAGGACGAAAAGGCCCUUGGGGUGAUGUGAACAUGAGUUGGCAAGACAUUAUGGCGCGUGUUAUGUCUCCGGAAGAAUAUGGAAUAUUUCGUCCAUCGCUACGAGGUAUUGAUGCUCCCGAAUACGUCAUUCAGCUGUUACACUCUUGCUGGGAGGAAGAUCCAGAAGAUCGACCGGAUAUACGAUUGAUACGUGUAAAGCUGAAGCCUAUGCAAGCAGGACUCAAACCCAAUAUUUUCGAUAAUAUGCUUGCAAUUAUGGAAAAGUAUGCAUAUAACCUGGAAGGAAUAGUGCAGGAGCGCACUAAUCAGCUCACGGAGGAAAAGAAAAAAACAGAAUCGCUUCUAUUAAGGAUGCUUCCGAAAAGCGUUGCGGAAUCACUGAAACGUGGUGAACAAGUAGAGGCUGAAUGUUUCGAUUGCGUCACAAUUUUCUUUAGCGAUCUGGUAGGCUUCACAGAGUUAUGUGCCCAAAGUACACCCUUCGAGGUGGUAGAAAUGCUGAAUGAUCUCUACACCUGUUGCGACUUCAUUAUCUCCAGCUACGAUGUGUACAAGGUUGAAACGAUCGGUGACGCUUAUAUGGUCGUUUCCGGACUUCCUUUACGGAAUGGUGAUCGACACGCGGGUGAGAUUGCAUCGAUGGCCUUGCAUCUACUGAAUUCCAUUUCGAGCCUCGAGAUACGACAUCGACCAGGUGAAUUCAUUCAAAUGCGCAUCGGCAUCCAUUCGGGCCAAUGUGUGGCAGGUGUUGUCGGGCUGAAAAUGCCCCGGUAUUGCCUGUUUGGUGACACGGUCAACACUGCCUCACGCAUGGAAAGCAAUGGUGAAGCAUUGAAAAUUCAUAUCUCGACGGUAACGUACGAGCUGUUGAAAAAGCUUGGUGGGUACAAGUGCAAAGAGCGGGGUAUUAUUAAAGUAAAAGGAAAGGGUGAAAUGCGAACGUACUGGUUGCUUGGUGAGGACGAUCAGAAGCGAAUGGAUCGAUUCGGUUCGAAUGAUGCAAUUACGAAUUUGACUAUACCGGAUCUUCUCUGUACUCCGGAUCAAUCGCAAACAAGCCUUAGUCGACCGUCGCUACGACGAAUGUUGUCCGAUAUGGUUCCCAUGCUACAUACGUCACACCAGCAUAGCACCAGUGACCAGCAGAUACCAUCGGUCAGCUUUCUUACUCACAAUGGAUCGAAUCUUGGCUGUUACAUCUGUCACAAACGAAAGGUUCACGCGGGGGCCACACCUAUAGCGGAAAGGACGCAACGUCUAUCGAACAUUCAUGGAAGCUACGGUGUGGAUGAAGCUAUCUGCACGUGCCAUCAAAGAAAUUGCUUGUUGGAGUAUUACAAUGACAAUUUGAUGACUGUAAGGACAAUUCGAGAACCGCGAUCAGCGCCGCAGAUCACUUUUAUGCAGUGAUCAAAGACAUCGAAAAAAUAAGCAUAUGAGCCUCUUGAUUAUCCAAAACACCCAUGGUUUCAUAGCUAGGUAAGAAAUUUGAGAUUUGAGGAAAUAGUGACCGUCAUUUGACAGAUAGUAUAUGUAGUAGAAACAUUGUUGUUUCACAACAAUUAAGCCAAUUAAUGUUUUCGAUGUAUUUUGCUAAUGUUAAAAGUAAGUAUAGAUCUUGUUUGAUCUUCUGAAAGUAUUUAUACUUUAGAAAAAGAAUGUAACAUUGAAAUAAAGUCUCGUGUACCGUCACAUUUAUUGGAUGGCUCAAGGAUACACACAA